CCCACACACACACACACACACACACAGAGAAGGAAAGGAGAAAACAGCAAGAGAUCAGAGGCAACAAAAAAAGAAACUCUGAAGCACGCAAAACGAAAAGAGUGCAGCAGGAGACACAAGAAGUGAAGAAGAACAAGAGACAGAAAGAGAGAAGAUGACAAUCGGUAAGAACUCCAGGAAAAGCUCGGUGCGGAGCUCCAUCAGGGCCCCGAAGUUUCUGGACAAAUCCAGCGGCUUCUACGGACGCCUUGAUGAGCCUGAGGCCACUGGAGAAGGGGAGGAGGUGAGGGGAAACGAAGUGGAGGAGAGGUGGAACGGGAUUGAGGACAACAAUAGAGAGGGGGGAGUCGUGAGCAGCCCGAGCCCAAGUUCGAUGCAUGUUUCUGGUGCAGACGAGAGAGGAGAGGCGGAGGCGUUUGACUUCAAUGAAGGGAUGAUGGAAGGCGACGGGGAGACUCUCCUCCGGAGGAAACCCAGCCGCCGCAGCAGCAGGUGGAGGAGAAGCUCCAAGAGGAAGCAGAAGGAGGGGAGAGCCGAGGAGGACGCGGCCCGGGAUGAGAGGCCCAGCCUGAGCACGGACAGUCCAGUCCUGGAGGACACCAGGGUGAUAAUCGAGGUCCAGAUGGAGACAGUGCAAAAGGUGGAGGAAGAGGAUGAGAAGGCAGGAGAAGGAAAGGAGCCCGCGCUCGUGCACUUUACGGUUCAAGAGGAUGCAGAUGACCAGGUCCUGAUCAGAGACAAGAAGAGGGGGAGAGAAGAGGAGGGAGAGGAGGAGAGGAGGAUGAAGAGGGAGCAAGAGGAGGGGAUGAGGGUGGUGAAAAGGAACUCGGUGAAGAACUACCGCAAGGCGUUGGACCGAGCCUUUCGUCGCGGCUGGGAGGCCUUCAUCGCCAACCUCUACAGCGUCACGCUCACGCCUGUGACGUCAACCCCGCCGCCAUCCUCUUCACCGUCCUCAAAGAAGAAACAGAUGCACAGCUCUGUGCUCGCUGAAUUUCACUAGAACUGGUGGGCGACAUGGACCAUAAACUUACCCCUUUCUGUUUUGUUUGUUUGAAUCCUAAUUAUAUCGUGUUUCCACUAAUACUGAAUUGUGACAGGCAAUCCUUCCUCCAUGACCUUUACCAAGACCUGAGAGGGGACUUUUACAUCAUAAGACCCAACAUUAAUUAUCUAUGCUAGUUACCGAGUCUUACAAUUACUCAUCAUAGGGUCAACAUGGUGCACAUGUCAACAGCUGUUGAUCCUACACAGAAGAGUAUGGGACUGGCUUGAAUGGAAAAGUUCAGUCUCUAUGUGACUGAGCUCAGCUGCUUCCGGUCCCCUUUACAUUUAAUAACGUCUUUAGCUCCUUACAUCCAGUCCACUAUUAAGAGCUUUAGGCACAAAUAAUCUUUGUUCCUUUGGUUUAGCACUAUGAAACUGAAGCACUGAUGUGGAACCAAAAGGAACAGAAAUUGCUCACCGUAUAGCGAUGACUGAUUAGUGGACUUUAGUUGUGGAGAUGUUCAGAUUUUGAAUGUUAAUCAGUGCCAUUUAUUGCUGUCUGGCAGCUAAUCAGUAAUCAGGGAAAACAUGUGAUUGUAUGUUAAUAUUUGUGGAGAAAUAUCAGUUUUGUUUUUUGUUUUUUGUUUUAGCCAAUGUUAAUCCAUUUGAACAGUGAUUUUCUCAUCUGCGCAUGUACAGAUUGUUCGGCUUGUCAGUGUUUGACCUCUUUGUUAGAUAACGUUUAUCUCUCACUGUGUGUUCUGGUGAGGGUUGCUUAACCUGAAGGGACAGGACGGGAGAGUGUUUGCAUGUGUGUGCAUUGAAGAGAGAGAGAGAGAGAGAUUUUUUUAAAAAAGCAUGGCAUUAUAAAUCAGCUCUAAAGACAUUAAUAUGUGGAGUGAUUGUUAGCAUUGCAGCUGCACAUCAUGUUUGUUGUACAUGUCCUCAUUUCAAAAGAGAGGCCUAAAACAUCAGUCAUUGGCUCUAUGUGGGUCAAAUAAUGCUUAAGAGCUAACUAUAGCUUCAGUAUCAAGAUGGACAAGAAGACAUGAUGAACUAUAAGUGAUUCAAGAGGUUUUUCAGUGUACUAAUGAUUGAAUCCUUUAAAUGAAAAAUGCAAUGUUUACAAUAAGCCUGCUUUAAUGUCCUGUUAUCCACGAUGUAUUUGUUUUUUUAUAUUACCUCAAGUGCACUCAGUAAUUCUUGCAGACUAGACUGAACAGGUGGCAAAACUUGUUGCGGUUGAAAAUAAUGACUGUCUAAAAAAAAUGUGUUAAUUUUUAUACAGAUCUUGUUGUAUCCAAAUCAAAGCUUCUGAUGUCAUGAGCUGUAACAAGAAGCACUUUAAAUAAAGAUUUAAUUUAUUGUA